UGAAUGGCGACAAUUUCCAAGCGAGAAGUGAAAGCAGCUUGUGAUAAAUUUCUACAAGGGCCAGAAAAUGCGAAUGAAAUCGUCACGCUAUUAGAAGCCAGUGAGGCAAGCAACAGGCGUGUUGUUGCAAAUAGCGUCAAACAGUUGUUUCGAGCUUGUCAGCAUUUGAUGAAGAGUGAGGGAUAUGUGAAGCUGAGGGGAAAGCAGAGCUUGAAAGGAGGAGAGUCUGGUGAUCCAGAGACGGAGUAUUGUUUGUGGAUUCGAGAAAAAUAUCACGCUUGCUUGAAUCGUUUUUUGGAAUUGUUGUCACAUUCUUGUGAUCAUGUGAAGGAGCUGUCACUUGUCUCAUUCAUGAGACUCCUAAUAAUGGAAUCUACGAGCGCAUAUGAAGCUCUAUCUCAACCAUAUCACUUCUCAAUCUCAUCACUCGAACAACUUUCUGAGGCACUUCUCAACACGGACCAAGACAUGAAAGCAAUGAUUGCAAGAUUCUCUGAAUAUCUCGAAUACGACGACAUUAGACUAUACAUGAUGACAGCAGUUCGAAAUAUCAUAACUACAAAACUUGAUUGUCCAGAAGCUAAAGCCAGUGACAUUACAUCGAGUUUUGUUUUCCACACAUUUGAGUUUCUACGUCACGUACGAAUGCCAACGUCUACAGAUGAUAUUGGAAACUUUGUUGGUGGAAGUUUGGUUGGAGAAGGAGAGGCAGUGAGUGGAAGUGAGAAGAGGAGAAAACGAAAAGCAGCAAAAUCGAAAAUACCGCAAGCACGUGAUGUGACUGACUUAGUGUCUCAUCGGUUUGCUUUCAGUGAGCUGUGGCUCUCGUUUCUUCGUCUUCCUCUAAGCGAGAGCGUCUUCAAGCGAAUAUUGACAACAAUACACGAUGCAGUCAUCCCGCACAUGUUGGAUCCUAAGAAACUAAUGGACUUCCUCACAGACUCAUACAAUAUUGGUGGGGUAAUUAGUCUACUGGCUCUCAAUGGUCUUUUUCUUCUCAUCCAUCAGCAUAACCUUGAUUAUCCUGAUUUUUACACCAAACUGUAUGCAUUACUUGACUAUUCCAUUUUCCAUGUCAAGUAUUGCACUCGAUUUUUUCGCCUUCUUGAUCUGUUUCUCACAUCAACCCAUCUGCCUGCAUACUUAGUUGCUGCUUUUAUCAAGCGAAUAGGAAGACUGCUUCUAACGGCACCACCAGCAGGUAUUAUUAUGGCUAUUCCUUUCAUUUGUAAUUUGAUGAAGAGACAUCCCAGUUGUCAAGUGCUUAUACACAGAGAUGUAGAAGACUGUAAACCAAUGGAUAGCGAUCCAUUCAUCAUGGAAGAAGUCGAUCCUGCAAAAUCACACGCACUCGACAGUUCACUGUGGGAGCUUCAGGCAAUGAAGUCUCACUACCUUCCUGCAGUGUCAUCACUCGUGUCACUACUUGAGAAACCGUUAAACAAAGUGGAACACAACAUGGAGAAAUACAUGCACCAAAGUUAUAAGAAAUUGUUUGAAGACACUCUGUGUGGUGAUGGUGAGGAUGGCAGGGAAGUCGCUCUAUCAAGCGAACAACCAGAAUCGAUUGAAGAGAUUUUUUCAGUGGAAGACGGCGAACUUCUAUGGACAUGGUGACGUAAUUCAUUGAAAGUAUGAAACAUCAUUAAUUAAUUAAUGAAUAUUAUUAAUAAUUAAUCGAGUGUUUAGUUAAUGACACUGCAUACGUGUUAGUACAGUAGACUAGCCGUUUGAUCGAG